GUGUCAUCGUGUGCGCAUCUUUUCUGCGCAUAACAAAAAACGAAUCGGAAAGUCUCGGAUAUUGUUCGGUGCGUUAAAUAAUAUUGAACAAUGGCGUCCCCUGAGGCAAGCUCGACGGUUGAAUAUUGUAAGUGCAAGAGCUCUUGUAGCGUGAAGCGAAAACCGAAUACGAAUCGAGGAUGCCCUUGCAAAGGUUCAAAUAUGGAUUGCUCUGUAGCGUGCAAAUGCGGCACUCGUGCUAAACCUUGCAAGAAUAAGAAAGCGGCAGCAAACUAUGAAGGUGAAAGUCGGGGGAAACCAACGAACAGUAAAGUUAGACGUAUGAAUCAGCAAGGGUUUCGCCUCACUCACGAGCCAAGAGAGACAGAGGAAAUACAAAGAGAAAAAGAAAAUAAGGAUGUAAAGGACUUUGUAGCCACACUGGAUGAAGAUAUGGUUCGAAAAUUGGCUAUUCGCAGUCUUAGACGAGGCAUCGGAAGCAUGGAUUAUAUUCAUACAUUGCUUAUUAUGGAUGAUGAUCUUGUGGAAGAGGAUGAAGACAUGGGUGAAUUUGGAGCACAGUCUGAAGAGGAAACUGAGCAACCCUCCUGA